AUGCCCUCGCACCCCGUGUGUCGGGGGCCCCAGGGGGACGGGAAAACACCGGGGUGCCGUGAGGGCGGGGAGCCGGUCGCCGAUUGCGGACCGGAGCUGGGGUGGGGGAGGGUGUAA